UAAUGUGACAGUUUUUAGUAUGUUUAAUUAAUUUAUAGAAAUAGAAAUAAUUGAUUUUGCCAUUCAUUAAAUGAUGAUUUGGAUGAAUGAAGAUCUUGCAUGCCCCACAAUCUUGAAGCAGUAACGUAGACUAGUUCUGCUCAUUUUGAGUGCUGAUUGAUAAAAGCUCUACUAUUAAAUACAAUGAUUUAUUAAUGUAGAAUGCAUUAAGUGUAUUAAUUGUAAUUUUACAUUGCCUGGAUUAAUCAAAAAGCAUAUCAUCUGAAAAGAAUUGAGGUUCGUCAGUUUUAUAAUUCACAAAUCUAACGGACUUCCACUGUUUAUCAACGGUUGCUAUUGACUAGUGAAGGAUGUAAGGAGUGACUGUGAUUAACUGAGAGCCUGUUGGAAUGCUUCAGUUGAGAAUUACAGAAUGAAAAUAUUAAUGACAUCGAAAAUGCAAGAAUGCCGUUACCCGAAGUCACCACUCUUAGUUCGUUCAAUAUUCCCACUUCAUCUCAUCGAAACAUACUACCCAAAAGUAAUGAGACGGUAGCAUCGCCCCAUAUAUCUCAUGGAAAUAUUCCUGCAAAUAACGAUUGGGCUGGGGAGUAUGGAUUCAAUAUUUCAUUUGCACCUCAUGAAAAAAAUACAAGAUGCACAAAUUGGACAUAUUCCGACGUUAAAAACAAAUUGUACGUGAACAUAGCAGUGCCUUGUCCAAUAAGAUUUCAUGUUUUAAAGACACCUCCUGAAGGCUCUGUUAUUAGAGCAUUACCCAUUUUUUCCAAACCGGAACAUAUUAUGGAUGUGGUUAAAAGAUGUCUAAAUCAUUCUCUUCCAACUGAUCCAUUAAAUGAGGGUCAUCCAGCUCCUGAUCAUUUGAUACGAUGCGAUGACGAUUUCACUGAUUAUACACAGGAUUUAGCCACAGGACGUUUGAGUGUAACUGUUCCUUAUAAAAGUCCACAAGUUGGCAUGGAAUAUUCAACAUACCUCUUUAGGUUUAUGUGCCUUGGAAGCUGUGUAGGAGGUUUGAAUAGAAGACCUCUCCAAUUGGCUUUUACCUUAGAAAAAGAUGGGUGUUGUUUAGGUAGAAGAGUCAUAGAUGUUCGUAUAUGCGCUUGUCCUGGUAGAGAUAGAAGAAUAGAAGAAAAAUGUUACGAAGAUUCUCAAAAGGAUUCAAAUAAAAGAAGUUUUUCAAGAAACUUUCAAGAAAAUAGCUUUUCCGACCAAGUUGCUACAUUGAAGAAACAAAAAUCAAGUUGUUCGGAUGAUGAAUAUGUUCUCAUUUCUAUAAAAAGAAGCCAUUAUGAAUUAAUUAAAAAAACAUUGGAUGGUUUAGAUGCAUUAGAAAUGCUAACUCCUGAAAUGAAGGCAAAUCUUCAUCAAAAACAAAUACAAAGAGUUGUUGCUACAGCAAAGAAGCACAAGAAAGGAAGCAGCAGCGAUGACGAAAUUAUUUAGUUAAUUAUACUUAGCCCAUUUAAAGAGAUGACAGUUUUUAUAUUAACUUCUUUUUUCAAAAAAUAAUUUUUAUAAACAUUAUUACAAAGCAUUAUUUUAUUUUUAUUUCAUUGUUCAUGUAUUUCAUUUAUUUUGACUUAUUUUAUGUUUAACAACAAUUAUAUAUUGCAUUUACGUUCAGUAUGAAUGUAAAAAAAUUUCAUACAUUCCAUAUGAGUAUGAAUGUAUAAGAAUGUGUAAAAUAUGGUUAAGUCAAUCCUAGCUAAUGUUAGCUAAAUUAUGAUUAUUGCUUCUAUGUUAAACUAUUAACAGUUUUUCUGGUUAUGUUAAAAAUAAGAAAAUCGAAGCUAUGUUUAAAUCGAUUCCCUAGUGUAAUAGUUACUUUAGUCCCUAAAGUAUAAUUAAUAGUUCUAAACUGUUUUCUACAUAACUUAAUUAAGGCAGAUUUUAAGAUGACAUCGAGCUUCAAUCAUUAUCUCAACGAAUUGUCUCCUGUGGUCUUGAUAGCCUAAAGUAAUCUUCGGAUAUAUUAAUUGUUUGAGCUCAUUAUCAUCUUAAGUUUUCUGUUGUGCAAAUCUGCCUUUGGAUAGUGAUAUAGAAGAUCAAUUUAAAUCUAACUUUGUCCAGAGAGAUGUAAAAUUUUAAAAGAAUUUUUUAAAUUCUUUUAAAUUUCUGUAAAUCUUUUAUUUGUAUUAAUGUUGGUUUGGGUUCAUUUAACUAUAUUUUUAUAUG